AUGGACUGUACUGACUCGGCUCAAUGCGACGUUUUGAUUGUUGGAGGGGGCAUCUUUGGCACGAGUACGGCGUAUCACCUGUCGAAAAGCCAUGCCGGUCCAUCACGGAUCACGGUGCUUGAUCGCGCACUCGUGCCAUCGCCACAGGCUGCGUCCUCAGACAUCAAUAAGAUCGUCCGCGCCGACUACAGUAAGGCCUUUUACAUGGAUCUGGCCUAUGAAGCUAUGGAGAGCUGGACGGAAGAUCCCAUCCUGAAGCCAUAUUUCCACCAGACAGGAUGGGUCAUGGUCGACGAGAAGGGCAGCGAUCUCGCCGACAGGAUUCGCAAGAACUUUCGCGAGAGUGGCCGUCUCGAUCCGUCGGCUGAUCUCUCACUCGAGGACGUGAAGACGAGAUGGGGUGGCGUGCUUUCCGGCAUGGACACAACGGGAUACGACAAGGCGUACACGAAUUCUAGUGCUGGAUGGGCCGACGCCUCAGGCGCAGUAGCGGCUCUGAUGCACGAAGCCGUCAAGGCAGGCGUGAAACAAGAGGUAGGGGAAGUGACCGAGUUGCUCAGCAAUGGUGAACGUCUUGCAGGGGUUCGCACUGCCGAUGGGAGGGUCUUUAGCGGGCAGACGAUCGUUCUCGCAACAGGUGCAUGGACCCCAUAUCUUAUGGCAUCGUUCGAACAGAAGAUCAACAUCUCUCCUGGUGACAGUAUUCAGCAACAGAUAAAGGCAGCUGGAGUAUGCGUCGCCGCAUUCCAACUGUCGGAAGCGGAAGCAGACCAUUACUCUCAAAUGCCGGUAUUGAUCUACGGCGCGAAAGGUGAAGUCAUGCCUCCAAACAAGGACCGCUUGUACAAAUUCACCAAUGCAAACACAUUCCUCAAUACGCAGCCGCAUCCAGAAACCGGCCAGAACAUCUCAGUGCCAUCGCCGGACCAGAAAUCCGUUCCAGAAACACUCAAGCGACAGUCCAUUGAGAUCAUCCGCCAGCGGGUGCCUGAGAUCCUCGACCACGGCAGAACACCUGAUGACUGGCGCCUAUGCUGGGAUGUCAUCUCGCCGGAUCAGAAUCAGUUGAUCACGCAACAUCCAGACCCGCGACUGUCGAAUCUGUACUUCGCGACUGCGGGCUCAUUUCACAGUUGGAAGUUCCUGCCGAACAUUGGGAAGUAUGUGGUCAACGUGCUGAACGGUAAGUCUAACGGAAAGGAAAAGGACGAGGCCUGGUGCUGGAAACGUAAAUGGGAUGGGAGAGGUGCUCAUGAGAAGACACUGCCAAAGGGCGAGCUCAAGGACUAUAAUUGA